ACUUCAUUUGUCAUAUUCUCAUUUAUGGACUGGGGAUGGGCUAGUUUGUCUUCGUGUUUAUUUAUUUUUUAAUACAUAGUUUAUUUCUGUUUAAAUCAACUAAAUUUAAUGAGAAAUGGCUUUUAUAAAAACCAACCUUGUCGGAAAGCUACAGCGAGAUGAUAGGUUGCAGUUUCCCAACAUUGAACAACCACGACCACUUGGAUGCUUCAGUCUCGACACAAAUCGUGAUUACCAAAACACCGCUGAAAACUUUCGCUACUUCCGAAUGCCAUCAAGAUUACCCUUAAACCUAAAUGCCGGCUACGGACAGGCCAAAUCAAAGCCUGAAAACCGCGAAGAAAAAGAACGACUCUAUCCUGUUUUGCAUUUUAUACUUAAUCAUCAAAAUGAACACCUUUCAAAGAAACCUUCCUCGUCCAAUACCAAAGCCGUCGAAGGAUUUGAUUUUAUUGCAUUUCGAGGUUUGCUCCGUGUUGUAAUGUCCACUCCCUAUGAAGCUCGAGAAGACUGGUGCAUCCAAGCAACCAGAUAUAAGGGAAAUAUUUAUCUUUGUGAAAAGGAAACUGAUCAAAAGCGACAUGAACGUUGCAAUCAAGAUGACUAUCAGAAAAGAUGUUGUGCCUAUGGAUUGAAAUUUGAGCAAUAUUGUCUGUCUGAUAGUCCCUAUGAGGAGCCCAUUACAAAUGUCCCCGUAGACGAAUGUGCAGAAUUCCAUUGUGUCUUUAAAACACAAUUUCCUGGUAUGACAUUACUCUAUGGAGCUGAAAUCGAUGGUGCUUUGAGUAAUAAUCUAGUUUUAAAUGUUGAGAACAAAGAUAUUUUGAGUUCAUUGAGAUUUAUGGAACUUAAGUGUUCACUUCGUCCGACUAAUGAACGACAAUAUCAAAACUUUCGCAGAUUUAAGUGCAGGAACUGGUGGUGCCAGUGUUUUCUGGCUGGAAUUAAUGAUAUCAUGAUUGGCUAUAGGAAUGAAAGUGGUUUCGUUGAUGAAAUUAUACACAUGGAAACAAGGUGUUUGCCUCAGUUAGGAGCGAACUUUUGGGAUCCAUCACAAUGCGCGAAUUUUCUUAUAAAAUUCUUAAACAUGGUCAAACGGGAAAUGAAAAAUUUAGACUGUCCUCAUACAGUCUAUGAGUUUUAUUUUAACCCUCGAUCAAGAGCAAUCGGAUAUCGCAUUUAUGCUGGCAAAUCUUCAAAUUCAUUUUUACCUGAUUGGUAUGUGACGGUGUUGGAAAACCGAUUCGCGGAUGUACCAAAAAUUUAAAGUGCAAUAUUUAAAAGAAAAAUUUUAUCCAAUUAAACUAUAAGUUUUAUAGGUACUCUAUUGGCCACUUGAAAAGUUAAAACCGUUUAAUGUUCAACAAUAUUGAAUUUUUUUUUGUCACAAGAACCAAAAUAUACUUUAAUAGACGUUGUUAGGGUGCUUAACUCGAAUCGAAAUAUAUUACUUUUAUUGCAAGAGAUAUCUUAAGUAUCAGUUAAAAAGCCAAAGACAAACUUAACUUAAUCUAAAGUGCAAGUCACUGCUCACAAAAUUUAUGCCGCAAGAACCAAAAUAUUAUUUCCUCCACUGUAUUAAGGAAAUCAUGCUUCUUCUUCAGCACCAAAUUUCUUUGGAAUAUAUUGUUGCAAAAAACAGGUAGAAGGAUUUGAGCACAAGUAGUUUUUUCUCAACGCACUCUCACUAUAUCAAGUGAAUGAGGAAAAAUUAAGACUUGGGGUUUCAUUCUUCCCGACAUAAUUAAAAAAAUUAGUGAUACAAAAUUGUGAAAUCGGCCCUUAACCACAUUCAAACAAUUUGAGAACCAAUGGAUAAAUUGUUAAAAUUGUAUAUAUUUAAGACACCCACAUGCAUUACGACUAAUUUCAGCCAAACAAAAUUUAAGAUGAAACAAAUCCGCGCUUCCAGUAUU